AUGUAUUUAGACUCCAGCCGUACUUUCUGCCGGUGCCACUACAUCGCUACUACAGUUGCCAUUGUCGCCAUGGUCCUUGCACAUGUCCUUGUGAUCCUGUAUGUGGACGCUACGCUUUCGCUGUUGGACCACGCGGACCGAAGGGAACAGCUGGAUCCCCUGGAAAGGAUGGGUCACCUGGGUCUAUCGGACCGGUGGGGCCCCCUGGGUCUAUGGGGCCACUGGGGCCUCCUGGGAAGGCUGGGGCACCUGGGUCGAUCGGGCCGGAGGGCUCUCCCGGGAAGACUGGGCCACCGGGGCAGAAGGGACUCGAGGGCUCUCCCGGGAAACCUGGGUCACCCGGGCAGAUCGGGCCAGUGGGGCCUCCCGGCAAGAAUGGGACACGUGGGCGGGCCGGGCCGAAAGGAACAGCUGGGUCCAAAGGAAAAGAUGGGCCACCUGGAGCCGUGGGCUCUCCUGGGGAGGCCGGGCCACCUGGGCCAAAAGGGUUCUCCUGGUUGGACAGGGCCACCUGGGCCAAAGGGUUCUCGUGGGGGGAGUGGGCCUCCUGGGCCAAAGGGCCCUCCUGGGUGGAGAGGGCAACCUGGGCCAAGGGGUUAUCCUGGGCCUCCCGGGAAAACUGGCUCACGUCGGGGAUCGGGAUAUAACAUAGUACAGAUCGCGGGAUAA